AUGACAACGCCCUCUGAAGAGAAAUUAGAAAAUCUGGAAAGACUUGGGGAUGAAAGUAAGAGAUUAAGGGCAAGUCUGGAAAACAUCGAAGAAAGAAAGACAGGAGAAAUCGAAACCAAUAUGGAAAAAACGAGUCAAACAGGCAUUUGCAAAAGAAUGAAGAUGAGACGAAGGACUGGCCAAACCGAAUGGCAACAGGGAAAAUCGAAAGCUGGUGGUCCAAACCAAGCUCAGGAAAAUCCUGGCCCGAAGAGAAGGCCCAAUGCUGGUGGGCCAAACCAAGCUCAGGAAAAUCCUGGCCCGAAGAGAAGGCCCAAUGCUGGUGGGCCAAACCUAGCUCAGCAAAAUCCUGGCCCGAAGAGAAGGCCCAAUGCUUGUGGGCCAAACCAAGCUCAGCAAAAUCAUGGCUCGAAGAGCAGGCCCGAUGCUGUUGGGCCAAACCAAGCUCAGGAAAAUCCUGGCCCUAAAAGAAGGCGCAAUGAUAGUGGGCCAAACCAAAAUCAGCAAUAUUCUGGCCCGAAGAGAAGGCCCAAUGCUGGUGGUGCAAACCAAGCUCUGGAAAAUCCUGGCCUGAAGAGAAGGCCCAAUGCUGGUGGUCCAAACCAAGCUCAGGAAAACCCUGGCCCGAAUAGUAUGCACAGUGCUGGUGGGCCAAAAAGGCUCACCAAAAUCCUGGCCUGA